AUGGUUGCACUUUCGCUGAAGAUCAGCAUUGGAAAUGUGGUGAAGACGAUGCAGUUUGAGCCAUCCACCAUGGUAUACGACGCCUGCCGCAUGAUCCGGGAGCGUAUCCCAGAGGCCCUGGCUGGCCCUCCCAGCGACUUUGGGCUAUUUCUGUCAGAUGAUGAUCCUAAAAAGGGUAUAUGGCUGGAGGCCGGGAAAGCUUUGGAUUACUACAUGCUUCGAAAUGGAGACACCAUGGAGUACAGGAAAAAACAGAGACCCCUGAAGAUACGUAUGCUUGAUGGCACUGUGAAGACCAUCAUGGUGGAUGACUCUAAGACCGUCACCGACAUGCUCAUGACCAUCUGUGCCCGCAUUGGCAUCACCAAUCAUGAUGAAUACUCACUGGUCCGAGAGUUGAUGGAAGAGAAAAAGGAGGAGGUAACAGGGACCUUACGAAAAGAUAAGACACUGCUGCGAGAUGAAAAGAAGAUGGAGAAAUUAAAGCAGAAAUUGCACACUGAUGAUGAGCUGAACUGGCUGGACCAUGGCCGGACCCUGAGGGAACAAGGAGUGGAGGAGCAUGAAACCCUCCUGCUACGGAGGAAGUUCUUCUACUCGGACCAGAAUGUGGAUUCCCGAGAUCCUGUCCAACUCAACCUUCUCUAUGUGCAGGCACGAGAUGACAUCCUGAAUGGCUCCCACCCUGUCUCCUUCGACAAGGCCUGUGAGUUUGCUGGCUUCCAAUGUCAGAUCCAGUUUGGGCCCCACAAUGAACAGAAGCACAAGGCUGGCUUCCUUGACCUGAAGGACUUCCUGCCCAAGGAGUAUGUGAAGCAGAAGGGAGAGCGUAAGAUCUUCCAGGCACACAAGAAUUGUGGACAGAUGAGUGAGAUUGAGGCCAAGGUGCGCUAUGUGAAGCUAGCUCGUUCUCUCAAGACAUACGGUGUCUCCUUCUUCCUGGUUAAGGAAAAAAUGAAAGGAAAGAACAAGCUAGUGCCCAGGCUUCUGGGCAUCACAAAGGAGUGUGUGAUGCGGGUAGAUGAGAAGACCAAGGAGGUGAUCCAGGAAUGGAAUCUCACCAACAUCAAACGCUGGGCUGCCUCACCCAAGAGCUUCACCCUGGAUUUCGGGGACUACCAAGAUGGGUACUACUCAGUACAGACAACUGAAGGGGAACAAAUUGCACAACUCAUUGCUGGCUACAUCGAUAUCAUCCUGAAGAAGAAAAAAAGCAAGGACCACUUUGGGAUGGAGGGAGAUGAGGAGUCUACUAUGCUGGAGGACUCUGUGUCCCCCAAAAAGUCAACGGUCCUUCAGCAACAGUAUAAUCGUGUGGGGAAAGUAGAACAUGGCUCUGUGGCCCUACCAGCCAUCAUGCGCUCUGGAGCCUCGGGUCCUGAGAAUUUCCAGGUGGGCACCAUGCCAUCUGCCCAGCAGCAGAUUACCAGUGGCCAGAUGCACCGAGGACACAUGCCUCCUUUGACUUCAGCUCAGCAGGCACUCACCGGAACCAUCAACUCCAGCAUGCAAGCGGUACAGGCUGCCCAGGCCACUUUGGAUGACUUUGACACUCUGCCCCCUCUUGGCCAGGAUGCUGCUUCAAAGGCCUGGCGUAAGAACAAGAUGGAUGAAUCCAAGCAUGAGAUCCACUCCCAGGUAGAUGCCAUCACAGCCGGUACUGCCUCCGUGGUGAACCUGACAGCAGGAGACCCUGCAGAAACGGACUACACUGCAGUGGGCUGUGCAGUGACCACAAUCUCCUCCAACCUGACGGAGAUGUCUCGUGGGGUGAAGCUGUUAGCUGCCCUGCUGGAGGAUGAGGGCGGCAGCGGCCGGCCCCUGCUGCAGGCAGCCAAAGGCCUGGCGGGGGCCGUGUCAGAACUGCUGCGCAGUGCUCAGCCAGCCAGCGCCGAGCCCCGUCAGAACCUGCUGCAAGCAGCUGGGAACGUGGGCCAGGCCAGUGGGGAGCUGUUGCAGCAAAUUGGGGAAAGUGAUACUGACCCCCACUUUCAGGACAUGCUCAUGCAGCUAGCCAAGGCAGUGGCAAGUGCUGCAGCUGCCCUGGUCCUCAAGGCCAAGAGCGUGGCCCAGCGGACAGAGGAUGCAGGGCUUCAGACCCAGGUCAUUGCUGCAGCCACACAGUGUGCCCUGUCCACCUCCCAGCUGGUGGCCUGUACCAAGGUGGUGGCACCUACAAUCAGCUCACCUGUUUGUCAAGAGCAGCUGGUAGAGGCUGGGCGACUGGUGGCCAAAGCUGUGGAGGGGUGUGUGUCUGCCUCCCAGGCAGCCACAGAUGAUGGGCAGCUGUUGCGAGGGGUAGGAGCAGCAGCCACAGCUGUGACCCAGGCCCUGAAUGAGCUGCUGCAACAUGUGAGAGCCCACGCCACAGGGGCUGGGCCUGCUGGUCGCUAUGACCAGGCCACUGAUACCAUCCUUACUGUCACCGAGAACAUCUUCAGCUCCAUGGGUGAUGCUGGUGAGAUGGUACGACAGGCCCGCAUCCUAGCUCAAGCCACUUCAGACCUGGUCAACGCCAUCAAGGCUGAUGCUGAGGGAGAAAGUGACCUGGAAAACUCACGCAAGCUAUUAAGUGCUGCCAAGAUCCUGGCUGAUGCCACAGCCAAGAUGGUGGAGGCUGCCAAGGGGGCAGCUGCCCAUCCUGACAGUGAGGAGCAGCAGCAGCGGUUGCGGGAGGCUGCUGAGGGCCUGCGCAUGGCAACCAAUGCAGCUGCACAGAAUGCCAUCAAGAAAAAGCUGAUGCAGCGGCUGGAGCAUGCAGCCAAGCAAGCUGCAGCCUCGGCCACACAGACGAUUGCUGCAGCCCAGCAUGCAUCCUCCACCCCCAAGGUUUCUGCUGGUCCCCAGCCUCUGCUGGUGCAGAGCUGCAAGGCGGUGGCAGAGCAGAUUCCACUACUGGUGCAAGGUGUCCGAGGGAGCCAAGCUCAGCCCGACAGUCCCAGUGCUCAGCUGGCCCUCAUUGCUGCCAGCCAGAGCUUUCUGCAGCCAGGUGGGAAGAUGGUGGCAGCUGCAAAGGCCUCUGUGCCAACCAUUCAGGACCAGGCUUCUGCCAUGCAGCUGAGUCAGUGCGCCAAGAACCUUGGCACUGCCUUGGCGGAACUCCGUACCGCUGCCCAGAAGGCUCAGGAAGCAUGUGGGCCUCUGGAGAUGGAUUCAGCACUGAGUGUGGUCCAGAAUCUAGAGAGAGAUCUCCAGGAAGUGAAAGCAGCAGCUCGAGAUGGCAAACUUAAACCCUUACCUGGGGAGACGAUGGAGAAAUGUGCUCAGGACCUGGACAAUAGCACCAAAGCCGUGAGCUCUGCCAUCGCCCAGCUACUAGGGGAGGUGGCCCAGGGCAAUGAGAAUUAUGCAGGCAUCGCAGCUCGGGAUGUGGCAGGUGGGCUGCGGGCACUGGCCCAAGCUGCAAGGGGUGUAGCUGCCCUGACAUCAGAUCCUGCAGUACAGGCUGUGGUGCUUGACACAGCCAGUGAUGUACUGGACAAGGCCAGCAGCCUCAUUGAGGAGGCGAAGAAGGCAGCUAGCCAUCCAGGGGACCGUGAGAGCCAACAGCGGCUUGCCCAGGUGGCUAAAGCAGUGACCCAGGCACUGAACCGCUGUGUCAGCUGUCUGCCCGGACAACGAGAUGUGGACAAUGCCCUGAGAGCAGUUGGAGAUGCCAGCAAGAGACUCUUAAGUGACUCGCUUCCCCCCAGCACUGGGACCUUUCAAGAAGCUCAGAGCCGGUUGAAUGAGGCAGCUGCUGGGCUGAAUCAGGCAGCCACAGAACUGGUACAGGCCUCUCGGGGAACCCCUCAGGACCUGGCUCGAGCCUCGGGUCGAUUUGGACAGGACUUCAACACCUUCCUGGAAGCUGGUGUGGAGAUGGCAGGCCAGGCUCAGAGCCAGGAUUAUCAGGCCCAGGUUGUGUCCAACUUGAAGGGUAUCUCCCUGUCUUCAAGCAAACUUCUUCUGGCUGUCAAGGCCCUGUCUACAAAUCCUGCUUCUCCCAACCUCAAGAGUCAGCUAGCAGCAGCUGCCCGGGCAGUGACUGACAGCAUCAACCAACUCAUCACCAUGUGCACUCAGCAGGCUCCUGGCCAGAAAGAGUGUGGCAAUGCCCUGAGGGAACUGGAGACGGUUCGAGAACUCCUGGAGAACCCCGUCCAGCCCAUCAAUGACAUGUCCUACUUUGGCUGCCUGGACAGUGUAAUGGAGAACUCAAAGGUGCUGGGUGAGGCCAUGACUGGGAUCUCCCAAAAUGCCAAGAAUGGAAACCUACCUGAAUUUGGGGAGGCCAUUGCUACCGCCUCCAAGGCCCUGUGUGGCUUCACCGAGGCAGCUGCACAGGCUGCAUACUUAGUUGGUGUUUCUGACCCCAACAGCCAAGCUGGACAGCAAGGUCUGGUGGAGCCCACACAGUUUGCACGUGCCAACCAGGCAAUUCAAAUGGCCUGUCAGAGUUUGGGGGAGCCUGGAUGUACGCAGGCCCAGGUGCUCUCUGCAGCCACCAUUGUGGCCAAACACACCUCUGCAUUGUGUAACAGCUGCCGCCUGGCUUCUGCCCGCACCGCCAAUCCAACCGCCAAGCGCCAAUUUGUACAGUCAGCCAAGGAUGUGGCCAACAGCACAGCUAAUCUUGUCAAGACCAUCAAGGCACUAGACGGGGCCUUCACAGAGGAGAAUCGGGCUCAGUGUCAAGCAGCAACAGCCCCUCUGCUGGAGGCUGUGGACAAUCUGAGUGCCUUUGCAUCCAACCCUGAGUUCUCCAGUAUUGCUGCUCAGAUCAGUCCUGAGGGCCAGGCUGCCAUGGAGCCUAUUGUCACUUCUGCCAAGACAAUGUUGGAGAGUGCUGGGGGACUGAUCCAGACAGCCAGGGCCUUAGCUGUCAACCCCCGGGACCCGCCACGGUGGUCAGUGCUGGCCAGCCACUCCCGUACUGUCUCAGACUCCAUUAAGAAGCUUAUUACAAGCAUGAGGGACAAGGCUCCAGGGCAGCUGGAGUGUGAGACGGCCAUUGCAGCUCUGAACAGCUGUCUGCGGGACUUAGACCAGGCUUCCCUGGCUGCAGUCAGCCAGCAGCUUGCUCCUCGUGAGGGAAUCUCUCAAGAGGCCUUGCACACUCAGAUGCUCACUGCAGUGCAGGAGAUCUCCCACCUCAUUGAGCCACUGGCCAGUGCUGCCCGGGCUGAGGCCUCCCAGCUGGGACACAAGGUGUCCCAGAUGGCUCAGUACUUCGAGCCCCUCACCUUGGCUGCAGUGGGUGCUGCUUCCAAGACCCUGAGCCACCCACAGCAGAUGGCACUCCUGGACCAGACGAAAACUUUGGCAGAAUCUGCCCUGCAGUUGCUGUAUACAGCUAAGGAGGCUGGGGGUAACCCCAAGCAGGCAGCUCACACCCAAGAAGCCCUAGAGGAGGCUGUACAGAUGAUGACAGAGGCCGUCGAAGAUCUGACCACAACCCUCAAUGAGGCAGCCAGUGCUGCUGGGGUCGUUGGUGGCAUGGUGGACUCCAUCACCCAGGCCAUAAACCAGCUAGACGAAGGACCAAUGGGUGAACCAGAAGGUUCCUUCGUGGAUUACCAGACAACUAUGGUUCGGACAGCCAAGGCCAUUGCUGUCACUGUCCAGGAAAUGGUAACCAAGUCAAACACCAGCCCUGAGGAGCUGGGCCCUCUCGCUAACCAGCUGACCAGUGACUAUGGCCGUCUGGCCUCCCAGGCUAAGCCUGCAGCUGUGGCUGCUGAAAAUGAAGAGAUCGGUGCCCACAUCAAGCACCGGGUACAGGAGCUGGGACAUGGCUGCUCUGCUCUGGUCACCAAGGCAGGUGCCCUUCAGUGCAGCCCCAGUGAUGCCUACACUAAGAAGGAGCUGAUAGAAUGUGCCCGGAGAGUCUCUGAGAAGGUCUCCCAUGUCCUGGCUGCUCUCCAGGCUGGGAAUCGGGGCACCCAGGCCUGCAUCACAGCGGCCAGUGCUGUGUCUGGUAUCAUUGCUGACCUUGACACCACUAUCAUGUUUGCCACAGCUGGCACACUCAAUCGUGAAGGUGCUGAAACUUUCGCGGACCACCGGGAAGGCAUUCUGAAGACUGCAAAGGUACUGGUAGAGGACACCAAGGUCCUGGUGCAGAAUGCAGCUGGGAGCCAGGAGAAGUUGGCUCAGGCUGCCCAGUCCUCUGUGGCUACCAUCACUCGCCUCGCUGAUGUGGUCAAGUUAGGUGCAGCCAGCCUGGGAGCUGAGGACCCUGAGACUCAGGUGGUAUUGAUCAAUGCAGUGAAAGAUGUGGCCAAGGCCCUGGGAGAUCUCAUCAGUGCAACAAAGGCUGCAGCUGGCAAAGUUGGGGACGACCCUGCAGUGUGGCAGCUCAAGAACUCUGCCAAGGUCAUGGUGACCAAUGUGACAUCACUGCUCAAGACAGUGAAAGCUGUGGAAGAUGAGGCCACCAAAGGCACACGAGCCCUGGAAGCAACCACAGAACACAUACGGCAGGAACUGGCGGUUUUCUGUUCUCCAGAGCCACCUGCCAAGACCUCUACCCCAGAAGAUUUCAUCCGCAUGACCAAGGGUAUCACCAUGGCAACAGCUAAGGCUGUUGCUGCUGGCAAUUCUUGUCGCCAAGAAGAUGUCAUUGCUACAGCCAACCUGAGUCGUCGUGCUAUCGCAGAUAUGCUUCGAUCUUGCAAGGAAGCAGCUUAUCACCCAGAAGUGGCUCCUGAUAUGCGCCUUCGAGCACUGCACUAUGGCCGAGAAUGUGCCAAUGGCUACCUGGAACUGCUGGACCAUGUGCUCCUGACGCUGCAGAAACCAAGCCCAGAACUGAAGCAGCAAUUGACUGGCCACUCAAAGCGUGUGGCUGGCUCGGUGACUGAGCUCAUCCAGGCUGCUGAGGCCAUGAAAGGAACAGAAUGGGUAGACCCCGAGGACCCCACAGUCAUUGCUGAAAAUGAACUUCUGGGAGCCGCAGCUGCCAUUGAAGCUGCAGCCAAGAAGCUAGAGCAGCUGAAGCCCCGGGCCAAGCCCAAGGAGGCAGAUGAGUCCCUGAACUUUGAAGAGCAGAUACUGGAAGCUGCCAAGUCCAUAGCAGCAGCCACCAGUGCCCUGGUGAAGGCUGCAUCAGCUGCCCAGCGGGAACUGGUGGCCCAAGGGAAAGUGGGCGCCAUUCCAGCCAACGCACUGGAUGAUGGGCAGUGGUCCCAGGGCCUCAUUUCUGCUGCCCGGAUGGUGGCUGCAGCCACUAACAAUCUGUGUGAGGCCGCCAACGCAGCUGUACAAGGCCAUGCCAGCCAGGAAAAGCUCAUCUCAUCAGCCAAGCAGGUCGCUGCCUCCACAGCCCAGCUCCUUGUGGCCUGCAAGGUCAAGGCUGACCAGGAUUCUGAAGCAAUGAAACGGCUUCAGGCUGCUGGCAAUGCAGUGAAGCGAGCCUCAGAUAACCUGGUGAGAGCAGCUCAGAAGGCAGCAGCCUUUGAAGACCAGGAGAAUGAGACAGUGGUGGUGAAGGAAAAGAUGGUUGGGGGCAUUGCCCAGAUCAUCGCAGCGCAGGAAGAGAUGUUGCGGAAGGAACGAGAGCUGGAGGAGGCACGGAAGAAGCUAGCUCAGAUUCGGCAGCAACAGUACAAGUUUCUGCCUUCAGAGCUUCGAGAUGAGCACUAG